CCACACUUGUUCAAACGCCUCAUAGUUUUUUGCACUCGCCUCGUCUCUUCGAGCCACAACCACACCAGCCACGAUCCAAGCCUCCACGACUUUCUUAAUUCAACGUCACUACAUACCGCGUUCAACGCACAAUUAAAGCGCUCCGCAACAACAAACCAAAAAAUGAGUUACCCUCAGCAACAGAUGAACUAUGGACCUCCCCAGCCUGGAUAUGGACCUCCUCCUCAGCAACCUAUGUACUACCAACAAGCGCCGCCACCACCUCCACCAGAGGAGAAGAAGGACAGGGGUUGUCUGACUGCUUGUUUGGCCACACUCUGCUGCUGCUGGCUCUGCGGUGAAACCUGCGAAUGCUGUCUCGACUGCCUCGAUUGCUGCGACUGCUGCUAGUCCCCCUUCCCUUCCUCAACUCUCCAUUGGCCCAUUGGUCCUGAGGUGCCCCCCGCCUGUUCCGCACAAGAGUUUCAAUACGAUUCUCCACCUGAUUUUUACUCGAUGCGCAUGCGAUAGGAUGGGAUUUUGCAUAUACUGGGAUGAAAGGAAGGGGGAAAGGAUGGGAUGGGAUGCGCGUUGGUUGAAGGAGGCGCGUGAGCGUGUGUGUGUGUGAUAUGGUAUUUGUAUGAGAUAUGAAGGGGCUGGAGGGAAAGAGAUGGAUGAAUGGGUGGAUUGGAGUUUUUUUUCCCCUUAGCAGACAAGUGUGUGCUAUGGCUGCUGCGCUUUCUUUCACUGCGCAUUUUUGUGUUUACCCCACGCGAAUAGAUUGGCAAUGAAUUGGAUAAUGGACUUGA